CAUCAAGUGUAAGACUCCUAACUGCUAUUUCGUUUGUGUGAAUUAGGCAAAUAUUGUGACAUAAAUGUCUAUAUAAAUUGAUGUCAAUCAGAGAAGCAGAUUUUGGUUGUUGAUUUUGAAAGGCUGCACGAAUUUAUGGUGUGUUUUGGCUUACAGGGAUAUUGUGACUUGUUCGAAUGGUGUGCUGCUACUGAUAUGAGUGGCAAAGAAGAUGAAUUGUACAAUUUGAUUGCCAAUUUGCAUAUUAAAGUUCAAGAGCUGGAGGUUGAGAAGAAUUCCCUUGUUCUAAAACUUAGCGGUGAACUGGAUGGUUCAUUGGUCAUUCCAACAAGUUCAAGUAGUUCGAACAACACUAGUACUGUCUCAUUGGACUCCAAAGUUGUAGCGGCAAUGGAAAGAAAAUUGUCUCGAGUGGAGAAGUAUCUUGGCUUCUAUGAGUGAUGAUAUCUUUAGUUUGGUUGAAUGUGAAAGGUUGAACCUUGUUAAAGUAGUUGAUAGUUUAGAGUUGUAAUGAAUAUGUGAAUGGUUUUUCUAUACUUUUGCCUUUCAUUGUAAUCAAGUUUUAUUUGAAGCUGCUGUAAUUGGAUCCUGAAGCAAUAAAAUGAACUUAACUGG